GUUCCACUGCCGAUUGAUCAGCUGCAGGAUCUUUUGUGUACAUUGGGUAUUUCAUCGCCUUGCAGGUCAAAGUCUUUUAUCGUCAUGGAGACAGGCGAUCCUAUGAUCAAGAAGAAAUCCAAUCGUGCAUCUACCACAGCACCCGUGGUGUGGAAGGUUCUGGCCAUCGUUUUCAUUGUUAUAAGUGUAGCGUUAUUGAUUGCUUUGAUUGUGGUAGCAACAAAGAAAUCAAAAAGUGACCGUGAGCCUGCUAAAAAUUCCAAAGGAGAUACAGUUUUCCAGGUAGGAAACUGUGCAAAUGGAAUGGGUGAUCAACCCGCAGACCCACCUAAGUCUUCAGGUCUCUUCGACGAUCUAACAAUCCAAGAAAUCACCACUGUUAAAGAAUAUCUGGUGAAGCAAGCUUCACUUAACCUAACGGAGGCUACCGAAGCAUCAGUCGACAGCAAUUACAUCUACAUGAUACAGUUUCUUCCACCUUCCAAGAACGAGGCUUUAGAACAUCUGGAUAACAAUGGCGCCAAGCCCGAACGUAAAGCUGUGGGGGUGGUGUUUCAUGGCGCUGCCAAUCCUCCGCUUGUCAGAGAAUACAUAGUCAGCCCUGUUUCAAAACCUACUGGGCACGUUGCAAGAAAGAUUCCUGGUGGGGAGAAAGACUUCGUGACAUUCAAUGCUCGGCCUUUUGAUACUCGCACGAGAAAUAUAUUUUCUUCCUAUAUCUAUUAUGCCACUGCAAAACUCGAAAAGCUGAUGAAAGAGAGCUACGACGGCUUCUCCCUUAAAGAUUGCGUGCAACCAAAGUGCCUUGAACUUGACUUUACUUCUCCGAUGGGAUUUACUGCCGAUGAUCGCAUUACUUGGGUUAAUUUCAAACGUGACAUGACAGGGCAACUUGACUUGUCGUUGUCACUAGAUAUCGGAGGAACAGACAUGAAAAAAUGGAAAAUCCUCAAGGUUGUUUACAACAAUCAGACUUUUGACUCUGUUGAUGAGUUAGCGGCCAAAUAUGAGAACAACACCAUCAAAAAAAUUUUUGUUCCUGCACCAAAGGGCAAGGAAGCCUUGUUUUCGAGCUAUCAACGUCGAAGAGAUCCCCAGCCAUCCACGCCAAUGAGAGGACCAGAACAAUACGAGCCCGAUGGAAAACGUUACACCGUUAACGGACGCCAUGUCAGCUACAUGUUGUGGUCCUUCCAUUUCAGAAUGGACUCCAACAGUGGCAUGCAGAUCUACGAUAUAAAAUUCAACGGAGAGAGAAUUGUUUACGAGCUCAGUCUUCAAGAAGCAGCUGCAACAUAUACAGGUUAUUAUCCAGCCCCUUCGUGGAAUAACUUCCUCGAUGGAGGCUGGGGAAUGGGAGCAUACAGCAUGGAGCUGGUUCGUGGUGUGGAUUGUCCCUACUCCGCAACAUUUUUUGACCUAGUGCACAUGUAUGAAAAACCAACGACUGUCCGAAACGCCGUCUGUGUAUUUGAACUAAACACCGGAACGCCACUUCGCCGACAUUAUGAUAACAACUUCUACAAUGGUUACAACUUCUACGGAGGAAUGGCCAACCAAGUUUUAGUUCUGCGUUCUGUGGCGACGCUGUAUAACUAUGACUAUGUUUUUGACUUCUUAUUUUACCAAAACGGUGUCAUAGAAGUUAAAAUGUCAGCCUCUGGGUACGUCUAUGGAGCAUUCUAUGACUCAAAUAUGGACCCAUACGCAUACCCCCUUCAUAAAGAUUUCACAAGUGGUACACACGAUCACCUGAUCAAUUACAAAGUGGACUUGGACAUUGGCGGGCGUACGAACUCUUUCGAGACCAUUGAAAUUGGAAUCGAAAACAUCACUGAGCGCUGGUUUCCCAACAGACGACGUGUUCAGAAGGUUCUAAAACGUAAUGUGAGGAAAACAGAGAUAGAUGCCGCUUAUAAGUUUGACUUCGACCGUCCAAUGUACCUGAACUUUUUCAAUGAUGACGAGACUAACAGGAUGGGUGUGAAGAAAGGAUACCGCAUCCAACUGGACAACAUGUUGAAACAGUUGUACCCAGAAGACUGGAUGAUCACGCCAAUGAUGAGUUGGUCCCUUUACCAAAUGGCUGUCACUAAGUACAAGGAAAAUGAAACACAGAGCAGCUCUAUAUAUAACCAACACUCACCGACAAAUUCUCAGCUUGACUUCCGAAAGUACCUGAUGGAUGAUGAUCCCAUAGUCAACCAGGACCUGGUUUCCUGGGUAACGAUAGGAGCGAUGCACGUGCCUCAUUCAGAAGACUUGCCUAACACCGCUACGGCUGCCAACUCCGCCAGCUUCUUCAUAAGGCCUUUCAACUACUUUGACGAGGAUCCUUCCAUCGGAUCUACCAACGCCAUUUUGAUUAAACCCGUAGAGCCCUAUAAGUUCACCGGGCAGAAAGUGGAGCGAUAUGGUACUCCUGUAGGACCACAGUGCAUUCCUAACGACCCUAAAAUUUACUUUAAUGGAACUUAUCUUUAGGAAUAGAUAGGUCAUUGUGAGUGAUUUCGAACACUUUCGUUCGAUUUCGAACGCUAUAGUCUGCUUUCAGGGCCUCUGUUAAACACUAUGUUUAUGUUAACUGUUCGUUAAACACUAUGUUUCUGUUUAUUUACAAUAUUUAUUUUCCAAUUUGGAGGGCCACAAGUUUAUAAGUUUGUAACUAUUUAUUGUUCCUCUUCGUAAAUAGUCAUUAGCUGUGGUCACACUACAAAAAAUUUGCAAGUGUGACCGAUUUUUCCCUAAGUAAAUUACCUCGGGAGAGUUUUAUCGUCUGGAGCUUGAAAACCGCAAGAGAACAAAAGAAUGUCCUGUGGAUUUCCCUUGAUAACUACCCCAGAGCAGAAAAGGGAAAAAUCAAAUCCGAGAGUAGCCGACCAAUGGACGCUCGUCGGCGAUCGCGCUGGUGACAGAUCCGGAAUUAUCGUGUUGUGAAACUAAUUUUGGAAGCGCUUGAGAACGUGACUUCUGUUGAAGAUUUUGCCGCGUGCGCGCGAAAAUCCACGAUGUCGCGAUUUAGAGAAAUCGUGUGAGUAUAAAUCGAUUCUGAAUUCCUUAUUUUUUUCUGAUUCACUCCAGGUUUAGUUUGUUCUUAUAACUAUCCACGAAAAAAAUAGUCAAGAAUUGACUAAAUGCGGCUCUUCGUCGUCUUUGAAUCCUUCGAAAAAUCAGGCGCUGCAGUAAAAUUACUCUUGCUCGUCUUGCUCUUUGAAAUAAAGUAAUGAACAGCAAUGAAAUAAGAAUAAAAACCUCUCUUUGAUCCGUUU